UAAAUGACGGAAUCUAAGACUAACUAUCAAUCAGAGUAUAAAGAGAUAAAAUGAAUUGGGAGAGGCAAUUUCGGGUCAGCCUUCCUCGUUCAGAGCAGGACUGACAAAAAUAAGUAUGUUGCUAAGAAAAUUACUCUUGGCCAACUGCCAGAAAAAGAACAACAAAAUGCCCUUAUGGAAGUAAACUUGCUUCGAUAUCUAGAUCAUCCUAAUAUCGUAGAAUACAACGGAAGCUACAUUGAGGAUGGGAUUUUAAUCAUAAUUAUGGAGUACUGUGACGUAGGAGACCUUAGCUACCAUAUACGUAAGAAGAAAUAAAGCUGAUGAGAAUUUCACAGAGGAGGAAAUUCUACACUGGUUCAUCCAAAUUUCAAUGGCAUUAGAAUAUAUCCAUGGUAGAAAGGUCUUACAUAGAGAUAUUAAGGCUUCUAAUAUCUUCCUCACAGGGAAUAAUACUGUAAAACUUGGAGAUUUUGGAAUAUCAAGAGUGCUGGAAAAUACUAGUGAUGCUGCUCAAACAUGAGUAGGAACCCCAUAUUAUCUCAGCCCAGAAGUUUGAGAAAACAAGCCAUAUACAUAUAAAUCCGACGUGUGGGCUAUGGGUUGUGUUCUGUACGAGCUCUGAUGCCUACAGCAUGCCUUCUCGGCAGACAGUUUACUCGGAUUAGUCUACAAAAUUGUUCAAGAUAAGCAUUCUCCAAUUCCAGAUCUCUACUCAGAAGAUUUGAGGAAGAUCGUAGAAAUGCUAUUGCUCAAAGACAGUAGUGAAAGACCUCUUGUCUCUCAACUUCUGUUAACUCCAUACAUCAAGCAGAAAAUGGAGGAAUUCAUUGUAAACCGAGGGUCUAUCGGGGAUCAAAACUUGCAUGUCAGAAAAGUAAAAUCUAAGAAAAUAGAUGACAACACUACACAGGAUCUCACCAGUCCUUCACUCAUAAGCGAAGAUGAAGAAGCCAAGACCAUGAUUAGAAAAUCUGUAAGUGAAAAAGAGAGGAAGAUGAAAGAGAAUACAGCAAUGGCUAUUUCAAAUUAUUCUACUGCUAAACUAAGAAAAAUGAGGCAUCUUUAUGGCAGCGAUUUCAAAUUUGAAGAAGAGCCUACAGAGCAGAGAAAUAAAAGUCAAAAUUUCUCUAAUGGUUUUGGAGAUAUAGGAGGAGCAAAGGACAAACAUAGCAUGACUGCAUAUCCUUCUAAAGUACCUAAUGAUCCAAAGAAAGUUAUGGUUCAAAAUAUUAUUGAUGAGCAAGAGGAAUUCAAAGGAACUACAUUCUCAGAUUCAUUCGCAGCAAAUGAUAGAGAAGGGACGCUUGGUCAAAGAGAUGAGUGUGAAGAUACAUUUGCAGCAAAUGAUCGUUGAGAGGCCACAUAUGCUUCAAAGGAUCAAUGAGAAGAUACAUUUGCUGCAAAUGACCGAUGAGAGGAUACAUUCGCAGCUAAUGAUAGAGAAGGCACUCAAUUCUCAAAGAAUAAAGACUUCGAUACUUUUAAAUUAUCCGAAACUAAUGGAACUCUUAUUUCGAGUUUAUCCAAAGAGGAUUCAAUAGCAAAGACAAUGCCCAAGAUGGAGCACAAAUCAGUCUCUUACGACGACAGAAAAAUAGUAUCUUCCGGAAAAUAUGAUCCUGAAGAAUAUUACUAUAACUACGAAUGUUAUGAGUCUGAUGAAUUUGAAGACGAUGAAGAUGGCAUAACAACUGGUAGCACAGUAGAAGAAGCCAAGAAGGAUCCAAAUGAACUCACCUCAAUAGUUGAUAACUACAAGAAUUUCCUUACCAAGGACACUACAUUUGAUGAGAUCGAAAUUCCUGAAGAGUUCCAGAAAGAGCAGGAAAAGCUAAAUGAGCAGCUUCAGUUCAGAGAAGAGAUCCCGAUCCAUGAGACAGCUAAAAUUCAGAUCUGAAAUAAGAAACUUCAAUUGAAAAAGGUCUUCGGUUCUAAAUUCGACCAGAUAUAUACAUUCUUGAAGGAGGAAAGACUCAAGGGGACAUCAGAUCAGAAGAUUUAUAAGAUGGUUAAGAAGUACAUCCCUAAAGAAAACAAAAAAGUCAUGUCAAAGUUAUUCGAACUUGACCAGAUUGUCUUCCAGGAAAUUUUGAAAGGAGAAUAAUCGUCUAAUUGUGAUAAGAUUUGA